GCCGGGCUAUGACGUAACGACGUAGUACAUUGACAGUGGUGACGCCUGAUCAUUAAAAACUGCCAUUAAAAUGAACAGAAAUUAUCAAUAUCUCAAUCGAGUACAUGAUGCAUUCGCAGCGAGUUAGGUGAGCCAUUCACCACCCGACUUAAUGCUCAGGCUUCAGAGAACGAUCAGUGAAAUUUGUACUGUUUCAAAUGGAAACAUGUACAGUGUUUUUCUGAGACUGUAGAUAGCGGUAGACUCAGUUCGCUGCCUCCACAGCUUCCGAGAACCCGCAAGCUAGCGAGCUAGCUUCAUUGCUGCAGCCUGAACCUCUGAAACAACGCAGGGAGGCAACAAGCAGACAAGAGCGGAAGACACGUCGCAGUAGGCAGCAUUGAAUCCUCCGUUGUGUUGCAAGGGCUGAGGCUGUCUGCCCCGGAAAUACAGAUGAAAUAUUGAAAUAACACCGGCCACUGGCGUGUGAGGCCAGCUGUCUCACAGACAGGGCAGUACACACAUCCCCUCACACACACAUACACUUACAUUUCAAUCAGCUUUCUUUCCGUGCCGUAAGCUCAAUGGCAAGCAGGAGAAAGUCCACGACCCCUUGCAUGGUCCUCCCGUCAGAUGUCGUGGAGCAGGACCCAGACAUGGAGGCCAUGGACGCAGGUGAGGGAGCAGGGAUGGGCAUCACAGAGGCGGGGCCCACGGAGGGAGCUGUCCCACCUGCUGACCUGGAACCAGAGCAUGAUGGGCGUCACUUCACCGGUGAGGACAGCUUUGCCCGCAUGAAACGCCAAAGUCAAACAGCUAUCCUGGAUCCUUCACCCCCAGACCUCACCUAUGAGGGUGGCUUUUCUCAGCCUGAUAUGGAGGACAGCGAAGACCCGUCAGCGUCCAGCAUUUCACUCAGCAAGACCCCGAUCAUGAAGAUGAAGAGCAAAUCAGAGCCUAAGAGGAUUGCUAUGUCACUGAAAGGUGCGGACGAGGGUGACACCGUGCCGGACAGUGAUGGUGAACCGGAGCCCAUGGACACGUCGUCUGCGGUGGCCCCCAUACCUGUCGAGAUGCUAAGCCAGAUCCAUGUAGAUCCAACCAAGUCCAAUAUCCUCGUCAACAUUCCCAGUCCUCUGGUGGCCGAUGCCAAGAAGACAGUGUUCAACCAGGCCACGGUUCUCCCUGCCGGCCUGGCCCAGGUCCUCUCUGCCUUACAGGCUCAGCAAAGUGCCCAAGCUCAGCUCCUGAUCCCCGUCAGCAGCAUCCCCACCUACAACACUGCCAUGGACACAAACGCAGUCCUGGCCAACACCUACAAGAAGUUCCCAUAUCCGUCUGUUUCGGAGAUCAUGGGGCUGUCCGCUCAGACCAAGUUCAGCGAAGAGCAGAUCAAAAUCUGGUUCUCUGCCCAGCGGCUGAAGCACGGCGUGAGCUGGACCCCCGAGGAGGUGGAGGAUGCCAGGCGGAAGCAGUUCAACGGCACCGUGCACACGGUGCCUCAGACCAUCACGGUUAUUCCAGCUCAUCAUCUCUCGGCCACCAAUGGUUUGCAGUCCAUCCUGCAGACGUGCCAGAUAGUGGGCCAACCAGGCCUGGUGUUGACUCAGGUGGGCACGACCAACAGCUUACCUGUAUCCACCCCUAUAACGUUGACCGUGGCAGGGGUCCCCACUCAAGCCCAAGCCCCUAAGGUUAUCAGUAGUCAGGCCAGCCCUGCUAUGAGCGAGACCAAGAGAGCUACUACGGUCCAGCCCCCAUCCCUUACCCCACAGGAGAAUUCGGCUCUCAGUGCAGACCACUUUGGUAUGAGGCCCAAGAAGUCCAAGGAGCAGCUGGCAGAACUGAAGGCCAGCUACCUAAAAAAUCAGUUUGCCAGUGACGCAGAGAUCGCUCGUCUGAUGAAACUCACGAAUUUGACUAAGGGCGAGAUCAAGAAGUGGUUCAGUGACACGCGUUACAACCAGCGGAACUCCAAGAACAGUCACGUCAUAGUUUUCCAUGAUAAUGCCCGGUCUAACAACAACAGUGGUCCCAUUGUCAUUGAUUCCAGUGAUGAGACACCUCAGUCCCCCACACCCUCACCGGUCAAGGAGAAGGAGACGCGUGCAAAGACCUGGAACCCUUUCCCUGACUUCACGCUCCAGAAGUUUAAAGAAAAGACUCCUGAGCAGCUGGUGGUUUUGGAGGAGAGCUACCAGAAAGGUGACACACCCACAGACGAUGAGCUGAAUAGACUAAGGGCAGAAACCAAACUCACCAGACGAGAGAUUGACGCCUGGUUCACAGAAAAACGGAAAACCCCUUCUGUGGUGGCGUCAGCGACAACGGCAGACCAGACUGACCAAAAAGGUGACAAGUCUGAGGGGGAGUCCAGAAAGGGGAGCCAGACUCCACCAGGAGCAAGGCGGUCUAGCAAAGACAAAGUCACGAAGAAAACCCCUGAGCAGUUGCACGUUUUGAAGAGUGCCUUUGUGCGCACGCAGUGGCCGACCACUGAAGAGUACGAUAAGCUGGCUGAGGAGAGCGCUUUGCCAAGGUCCUACAUAGUCAACUGGUUCGGUGACACCCGGUACGCUUGGAAGAACGGGAACCUCAAGUGGUAUUUCUACUACCAGAGUGGGAACGUCGAGGGCAUGAACGGCGGUAACAAGAACAGGAAGAGGAGGGUGCGGAACCGGGGCUGGGGGAGAUCCCGCAGCCGGAGGCCCAAGAAGAGCGCCGACCUCGAGAAACCCCCACCAAUCAAGUUCAAGACCGGCAAAGAUACCCUCAAGGAAUACUACCUAAAGCACAAGUUCCUCAAUGAGCAAGACUUAGACGAGCUGGUGGCCAAGUCUAACAUGAGUUACGAGCAGGUAAGGGAGUGGUUCACCGAGAUCCGCAGGAAAGUAGACACAGGCGUGGAUCCCUUCGAGGACACAGCUGGAGCGGAGGAGCCAGAAGAGGAGGAGGACGAGUCGCAGGGAGAAAGCGAGGCGGUAGCCGAAGCCGAAAGCGCUGCUACCGGCGGUGGGGACGGUGACGGGGAGGGGGGUGAGGGGGAGGAAGACGACGACGACGACACUGACGACAGUGAAACCUGGGAGCCUCCACAGACCGUCAGAAAAACUGAGUCGGGUUCUGAAGAACAGUGAAGGGUCAGAUGGCGGUUGCCGACGGAUACAGCACAUGUUUAAGUUCAGUAUCGUCAGUGUGAUUUAAGAAGCACUGCCUGACUGUGAGACUCCCACUAUUACCUGCCACCCUCACGUGUUGCACCUUACACACCUAAUCAUUCAAGCAUUUUAGGCCUGUGUUUAGAUCUCACGCUUUGAAAAUAAUGACAACCAUUCGAGUAAAAAAACGAAUUGAACACUGAUUGUCAGAAACCCACUCAAACCAUAGCAGUAUUUCACAACAUGAAGAAUUCUAAUCAAACGAAUUUGAGUAUCUGCUAAACAUAAUCAGCACAUUUCUCACACACGUGCAAUUGAAUUAUGAUUACUAAAUGUAUUUUGAUUCCCCCUUAGGAACACCGUUUGCUUAUGUACUGAAAAGAGGGAGCAGGGGAAGGAUUACUGUAAAGGGGUUUGUCUGCUACUUGCAAGGAGGACCUGUGGUGCCAAAGCUACUCUGUUGAAUGUUCUGCUCCCCUGUGCUAAGGAGAGGUGUCCACUAGGGGGAGUAUGCAUGAUUUGUGCGGUCUCCAGAGCCAAGAGCUGGCAGGUCCACACACAAUUAGGCACUUUGUCAACCACUUGUAUUAUUGAAUAGUGGUUUUAAAAAGAGAGACACUUGACUAGCCACCUUAAUUCUCAAGAACCAUCUGAUGGUUUUGAGAGACCAAACAUUUAUUAACAUAAGAUUAUGCACCAAGAGAGAGAGGGGAAAAAAAAACACAUUUAGCCUCUGGUGCCCUCUAAAGCUGUCGAGUGGCUAAGAGAAGACCGUAUAUGACCUUAUCCCACCUUAUACUGACAAUGAUCUGUAAAGUGAAACAGCACAACCAAGAAACAACCAAUGAAGAGCUGUGGCUAUAGCUGCUUGUAGUCUAUCAGACCUGCACUAUGUGGAUGGUAUUUUUAAUCUUCUUAAUUGCCCUGUGCAUUGUCUUUGUGUUUUUUUUAGUAUGAUAAUCAUGUAAAACAGUUAAUUGCCUAGUGCCUGUGUGUAAGGGGGAGUGGAGCCGACUCAACUGGACUGUUUCAAAGCCAGUCUUUUCUAAUUUGUGUCUAGAUUGCAUGUUGCUUUCUAUUGUUUCUCGCAAAGUAGGAUGUAGGAUUGUACAGCUUCUCUCUUCCUUCGUCUCGUUUUCCUUUUCUCCUCUCUUGUCUCGGGAAGCCACACCAAGCUCUACCUUUGUGUGUGUUUCAGAGUGUGUGUUCUAAUGGUAUUGAUCUAUUCAACUAGAUGAAAUGAAUCCAGCAAAAUCUCCCAAAAAAAAAAAAUUACUUUUAUGAAUAUGGUUUCAACUACACAAUUCUGAAGUUUUCAUCCACAAGAUCAAUAUAAUUGCCUUGAAAAGACACUUUUACGUGCAUCGCAGUAUAGUUUUUCUGGGAUUUGAUGACUUAAAAGUGAUUAAGUAGAAUCUCGCUACCAUAAAGCAUGGUAUAGCUCUCUGGUUUUCAUUCUAUUUGCAUGAAAAUGUUACCAAUAUUGGCAUUACUGAAAAUCUGACUUCCCAGUACAGCAUGCAAUAACCAUCAGUUAGUUACAGGACAAGGGUUUGCUCAUUUUGUACAUACAGUCUUUUAUGGUCCCAAAUUUUACAAGUAGUUUUUAAUAGUUUUAUAUAUGUUUAUAUGUAUUAUGAUGAAACCCACCUUGAAUUUACUCCAUUAGUUUUAUGGUAUGCUGUGGAUGAUUGAAAGUAAUCAGUGCAGACAAGUGACUUUGCAGCUUUUCAGAAGAGGAAUUGAUGUAGAUUCGGAUCUGAAGUUGAACUCAUUUGAAUCAUUUCAGUUUUUAGUUUAGCUUCCGAGUGCAUUUUUCUGGUAGGGUAGAGUUCCCUUUAACCAUACUACCAUAUUGUACAGUUGAGGUAAUGAGUGUGUGGUGGUAAGUACUGUCUUAACAUAGUAGCUAAUAAUUUUAACCCCUUGUGUCCUAUUUUUCAACCUAGAAGUCCACUGGUUGCGCAAGCUUGUUCUCUAGUUUGAUCAUUAAUUGCUUCUAGAAACACUUUAUUUUGGAAUUUGUGUCAGUGCAGAAUAAUUGGUGGGUUUUAAUGAAAAAUACCUGUUGGCCUUUCAACAAAGUAAUUUCACACUGAACACAUUGGUACUAGACUUAAGACUAAUGUAUUUGUUAAAAGAUAUCAGUGUGGAAUCUAAUGGCUCAUUGCAUUUUGAAAUGCUCAGCAAAGUUACAGAAACUUGGAACCAUCACUGAAGUAUAACUGUUUUCACUGUCAUUGAUUUUAAUGAGCCUGGAUGGAUGUUCUGUAGGCACCUCUGCUGUCAGUGUCAAAAGCUUUAUUCCCCUGAGCCAUAGGCCUUGUGCAAUGCUAUUAAUUUAAAUUGAAUUGUCCUUCUAGGCUGUGGCUUGAUUUAGACAAAAAAUAUAUAUUUUAUACUUGUUUGAGGAUCAAACAAAUAAAUUUGAAUGAAAAAUUG